UUUACUAGACUAACACCUCAAGGACCAUUCUAUCAGCCACGAGUAGAUGCAAUCAUCGACGCUGUCCGUUUCGGGCCCCACCUCAAUCAAGAACAAUUACUCAAGGUGCAUGAACUAGUUAUAGAAUUUGCUGAUGUAUUUGCAUUGUCAAUCCAAGAAGUGAAGCCAGUAGAUUUCAUCAAGUUUCGCUUGCAAAUACCUCAAGAUACAACAUUCUCAAGGAAAGUGCAGCAACGACCACUAACAAAACCACAGUGUGAAUACCUGUUCCCAGUCCUGGACGAUAUGAGACAAGCAGUGAUCACAUGGUUCAUCCCUUUGGACGAAGUGAAAGCAGUAGCAUCAACUGUUCUAGUGCAGAAAAACACAUUCAGGAACCAGCCUAACCUUGGAAGAUAUUCGUCAAAUUGUCAAUCAGCAAUGUGUCGCACUUGGUGA